UCAACCAUCUCUCGGGAGUCGUGAAUAUUCAUUGAUUCACAAGCCAAUAAAGUUUCACCACCACAUUCACCAUCAUUCACGCAUUUCCUACCCUUAGAUCUCUCCCCAUUUCCCUCAGUCAAAAACCCCUCUGACCACUUCCUCUGUAAUAUUAAGUUUAUUUUGGAUUCCAUUUCAAAACUCACUUCUUUACUUAUUUUCUUUCUUAUUUUCCCGAGAAUCCAACUUCUUCCAACUUCUGGUACCUGUCUUACCUGAAGUUUUCAUUUCUUACAGACUUGUAUGAUCUGGGUUUUCUUCACAUUUCAUUUUUUUUUUUUUUUAAAAAACUUGAGUUUUCAUAAUUAGUAAUUUAUUACAAUAUAUUAUUCCAUAUAGUAUUAACAUCUUUUGUGUGAUCAAUACUUUAUUUGGUUACUUAGAUUACAUCAAUAGUCUCUACUUUACUGGGAUUGGCGUAGAAUAACUUUCUCUCUCAUCAAUCAUCUUCAUCAUCAUUAGGGACUGAUUUCUGGGUUGGUGUAUUGGUGUGUUUGUAAUGGAUUCUUGCUGUGCAACCUUGAAAUUCGAUAUCCAUUUGGGAAAAGUAAGCAAAGUUUUUCCCAACAACAUUGUGUGGCCAAAUCAAUUGUCCAAUAACAGUUUGAAAUUUGAGAAAAGGGUGUGGAAGAUCAAAACUGGGGUUCUUGCUUCUUCUGUUAUUGCAUCAAACAAUGGCAGAGACACUGUGACCAUAGAUGUACCUAGAUAUGAGAAAAUAAGAGCAAACCCUAAAGAUGUGGCUGCAGUCAUAUUGGGUGGAGGCCCAGGGGAUCAGCUCUUUCCUUUGACAAGUAAAACGGCAACACCCGCUGUUCCAGUUGGAGGAUGCUACAGGCUUAUAGACAUCCCGAUGAGCAACUGCAUCAACAGCGGAAUAAACAAGAUUUUUGUACUCACCCAGUUUAAUUCUGCUUCCCUCAACCGCCACAUUUCCCGUACAUAUUUUGUAAAUGGUGUCAACUUUGGGGAUGGAUUUGUGGAGGUUCUAGCAGCCACUCAAACACCGGGGGAAGCAGGUACGGAGUGGUUCCAAGGGACUGCAGAUGCUGUAAGGCAAUUUAUAUGGGUGUUUGAGGAUGCCAAGAACAAGAACAUUGAGAACAUACUGAUCUUGUCGGGAGAUCAACUUUAUCGUAUGGACUAUAUGGAUUUUGUGCAGAAUCACAUCAACCGAAAUGCUGAUAUUACGGUUUCAUGUGUACCAGUUGGUGAUAGCCGUGCAUCAGAUUAUGGAUUGAUGAAGAUUGACAGCGGAGGACGAAUCAUCCAGUUUGCUGAAAAACCCAAGGCUUCUGAUCUAACAGCAAUGAAAGUGGAUACCACUCUCCUAGGGUUGUCUCCGCAAGAUGCUGUGAAGACACCAUACAUUGCUUCAAUGGGAGUCUAUGUAUUUAAGACACAGAUUUUAUUGAAUCUUCUGAGGUGGAGACAUCCCACAUCAAAUGACUUCGGAUCUGAAAUCAUUCCUUCAGCUGUGAAGGAGCGCAACGUCCAAGCAUACAUAUUCAGAGACUAUUGGGAGGACAUUGGGACAAUAAAGUCUUUCUAUGAUGCAAAUUUAGCCCUUACAGAAGAGCUUCCAAUGUUCGAAUUUUAUGACCCGAAGACACCAUUCUUCACUUCUCCUCUAUUUUUACCUCCAACCAAAGUUGAUAAAUGCCGGAUUAAGGAUGCAAUAAUAUCACAUGGGUGCUUCUUGCGAGAAUGUAGCAUUGACCACUCCAUCGUGGGUGAGCGCUCACGUUUAAACAAUGGUGUUGAGCUUAAGGAUUCCUUUAUGAUGGGGGCAGACUAUUACCAAACAGAAUCUGAAAUCGCCUCUUUGUUAGCUGAGGGUAAGGUCCCGGUUGGGAUUGGAAGGAAUACAAAGAUGAGGAACUGUAUAAUUGACAAGAAUGCAAAGGUAGGAAAAGAUGUUAUCAUCAUGAACAAAGAUGGCAUUCAAGAAGCAGAUAGACCAGAGGAAGGAUUCUACAUUCGGUCAGGGAUCACAAUUAUAUUAGAGAAGGCAACGAUUAGCGAUGGAAUGGUUAUAUAAAUGUAUCUAUAAUUUCCAGAAACUAGUUGAUGAGGGUAUUGAAUAAGAUCAGGGGGACGGCAAACGCCCGCGGGGGCUACCUGUUAUUAGUAAGAAGGAAGUGGCACUAGUCAUGCUGCAUGUAAACAAGAAGCUCCUUCAUUACAUAUAAAAAGGAGGCAUAUAAAGAGCUAAGCUUAUAGCUUAUGGCUUAUAGCUCAGAUAAAUUACUUGCAAGAUUUGAGGGCUACACCAACUUGCUAUUUUCUACCCUUGUAGAGGAGAUUGGCCUCUUAUAGUAGUGUUAAAAAUUCUGUUUGUAGCAAUUAUUAGGAAUAACCAUAGUGGCUUGAAUGAAGCUUGUAUCAAACUUCUCUGUUGAUUUACAAUAAAUCACAAUCUAUAUACAAGUGCUCGGUACAUUUACAACAACUAUCAAGUCUUUUUUUUUUUUCCCAAUUAUUUGGGAUUGGCUACAAGAAUCUUCUAUUUUCAUUUCGUUGUUUAUAUUCACAUUCAUCGUGAUAAAAUUUUACUCUUCACAUGUUAGUUGUCAAAGAUACCUAACACAACCCUCCUUUAUCUGGGCGA